AUGGCUGCCGAUUCGCAAGCAACAGCCUUACUGGGUUCCACACGGUUCAAUUUGGCACUCAUUGGAUUUUUGGGCUGUGUUGUUAUCUAUGCGCUGCGUAGCGAUGUCAGUUUUGCAAUUGUCUGCAUGGUAAAUAGUACCGCGGUCGAUCUUCUGGCCGGCAACACCAAGAGUAAUGUCAGCAAACACACAACAUGUCAAAUUCGUGAUGAUCCCGCUGAUACAUUGAAUAGCAAAAAAGACGUCAUAAUGGGCGAAUUGAUUUGGCCGAAAUAUGUGCAAGGAUCGGUGCUCAGUGCAUUUUUCUGGGGCUAUUUUUGCAGUCAAAUUCUUGGCGGUUACUUGGCUGGUCGUUACGGUGGUAGGCUAGUUAUCGUUCUGGGCAGCUCUAUUCUCACGAUGUUCAGUCCACUGGCUGCAACAACUAGCGUUUAUGCAUUUAUCGCUGCACGUGCUCUUCUUGGCUUCAUGCAGGGUGCAAUAUUCCCAGCGUUUCAUACAAUGUGGUCAAUGUGGGCGCCACCGCUCGAAAGAAGCCUCUUGACCGGUGUUACUUAUGCUGGUGCGCAAAUUGGUAAUACAGUUGUAAUGCCACUUUCCGGUUUACUUUGUAAAUAUGGAUUUGCUGGCGGUUGGCCUUCGAUAUUUUAUGUUCUCGGUAUUGCUGGUGUCGCCUGGUGUGCUUUAUGGUUCUUCUAUGUUUCCGAUCGCCCAUCACGUAGUAAACGAAUAUCCAAGAAUGAAUUAAAUUAUAUCGAAGAUUCGUUAUCUGAUGUUUUAAGUUCUGAUGCUAAAAAAGCGCUUGGAUUUUUGACAGCAAUUCCAUACAUUGCAUAUUUCGUUUUCAUCAAU